CGUAUACAGUAUAUAACCUUCACUUAUAUUACUUAAUUAUUACACACACUGUUUGUUAAUUAAUAAGACUAUAACUAUAAUUAUAUAUGGCUUGUAACGUGUUUGGCAAACCUGUGAGAGGGGAAAGUAGGUUAGAUAGGGCCCUCAAGGCCUUAGAGGAUACAAACUUAGGUGGAAAGCGUGAUCAGGCAAUUCAAUAUGUCAAGCAUCAACAAUUAAAGGCUGGGGCGCAGGGUGGAUUAGUUUGCACUCUGACCAUCUUUUAUAAUGCUACCGGUGAGACCUUGUUUUAUGCCGAAGACCACUCCAAGUAUGGGAAAAUCUAUGAUUCAUAUCCGGCUAGAGUUCACAAUGGUCAGUGGGGUGCGUUCCUGCAUAUAAAAAGGUCUGUCGCGCCUACUGGCUCGGAAGGAUUUGUAGUGUAUCGUGGCAAGUGCAAUAACACAGAUUUUUGCAAGCAGCUAAUUGCUUGGGAUGUCCCUGUGAACCAAGCGCAUUUUGACAACCAUGCCUAUUGUGACAUCUAUGCUGAUGAUUGGGAUAUCAAUAAAGAUAAGGUGUAUAAAAGAAUGGAAGCUGGUAGCAAACAACAUACAACUACAAAGAAAGGAAUGGUAGUAACAUCGUCAAUUGAUGAGGGUAUUUGUCCUUUGUACGAAGCACAAUUCACUCUUGACGAAGAUGAUGCGAAUGGCGGAACUUUUAAGGGGCCCGGGGCGGCCCCAACCCCUUCCAUUUUUCCGCUAGAUAAUACAGUUUUAUCCGUAUUUUGUCAAAAAAAUAUAUUUUUCUAGUGUUAAUUGUAGCUACCAUGACUUUCGCCACCCCCUCUAAUAUUUCUUAGUGUUAAUUAAUCGUUUAGGCCCCCACUGUCAAUCUAUUACCUCAAGCUUCGUCACUCAUGUUACAUAAUAUUGCUCUGGGCACCAAGACGCGUAUGAUGAUAUAUAUACUACGUAUGUACCUGCUGUUUGAUCAACAGUAAUAUUAUUAUCAAGCUUAAAUAGUAUAUAUAGUUUCAAGCUUAAGCCUGCAGUUUGCUAGCUCAAUAGCUACUAAAUGUAACAAUAAUUAAUAAUAAAUCACGUGUAUGUGUACGUGUUAUGUUGUGAUUUCAUUAAUUAUAUGCUGAUCUAUGUAAAAGAAACUUGUUUAUCGAUCUUUAAGUA